AUGGGGUUCUGGAUGAUGCCGGAUCAGACGGCCGAGACUGUGGCCAAGACCCUCGUGCAGCAGGUGGUCACGCGCUUAGGAACACCCCUCAAGAUCCACACGGAUCAAGGAAGGGAGUUCGAGGCGGGCCUUUUCCGCAGGGUCUGCCAGCUGUUGGGCAUCCACAAGACCAGGACGACUCCGUUCCACCCCAAGUCUGACGGCAUGGUCGAACGGUUCAAUCACGCCUUGAAGACUACGCUGAGCAUGUCUGUGGAUGAGAAUCAGGACGACUGGGACGAACUUCUUCCCUACGUCCUGAUGGCCUACUGCUCCUCUGAACACGAUAGCACAAGGCUCACCCUGAACAUGCUCGGUUUGCCCGGCGACAACCUGAGGCGGACUCAGAGCUACCAGAAGCAGCAGUACGACCGUCGCGCCCAGGAGGGCGUGUUUGAGCCCGGCCAGGCUGUUUCCCCAAAGAAGAAGGUCAGCCGCUCCCCCAAGCUGCAGUGGUGGUGGGACGGACCCUUCGCGGUGCUACAACGCCUCAACAACGUGACCUGCAAAGUGCAGCGUACCGCCCGAGCGAAGGCUCAGAUCGUGCAUCGCAAUUGGCUCAAGCGCUACCUGGGCGACGUGCAGCUUGGAUGGUGGGAGCGUGCAGCCUGCGGAGCCUUGGCUGAGGAGGCGUCAGCGCAGGCAGGGGGGCCAAGAGCCAGCUGA